UAAUUUCUGCAUAAUACAUUUUGAUUUUUGUAGUGAAUGAGGUGAUGACUGAUACUUGAUCAAACAUUUUGUGUUGUAGGUUUUAUUGCACCUAAAGCUUCAAUGAACCAAAGGAAAAUUCAAAAAGAAUAUAACCUUUCAAGGUUCCAACAACCAUGUAUCUUCAAAAGUGUUGAAGGAGGGUUUAUAUGUAAAGAAAACUAUAAGAAAUAUAUUCCUAAAGCAAUCCUUAAAGAGUCUUUUGCCUCUGAACCUCGUCUUUAUCAACCAAAAAAUGUUGUUGCCUCUGUUAAACAUUUCUUUGUUACAUUAUACUGGUUUUGCUAUCCCUACACACUGUUUGGUCGAACAUUAAGCACGAUUUCUGCAUCUCUCCUAGCAGUGGAUAGACUAUCAGAUAUAUCUCCCUUAUUUUUUAUUGGUAUAUUACAGAUUCUGCUACCUUUCACGCUUUUUGAUCUGUAUGUUAAUGGCGUGAAUCAAUUGUAUGACCUUGAAAUUGACAAGAUAAACAAGCCAUUUCUUCCAUUGCCAUCUGGGGCAUUUUCCUUUAAAACUGGGGUUAUUGUUACUGCGUCAUCUGCAAUCCUGGGAUUCUUUACUAGCUAUUUGAUAGGUUCAUGGCCAUUAUUUUGGGGUCUUCUAUUUUUCUUUUUGGUCUGGAGUGGUUAUUCAAUCAAGGGUCCCCUGUUGAGAUGGAAGAAAAAUCCAGUGCUUGCAGCAAUCUGCAUCUUUUCUACUAUGACUCUUAUAUUUCCCCUUUCAUUUUUCUAUCACAUGAAGACUUUUGUGUUGAAGAGAGUAGCUGUGUUUCCGAAGCCGCUGAUGUUUUCUGUUGCAUUCAUGAGCAUAUACUCAUUAGGUAUAUCACUUUUCAAGGAUAUACCCGAUAUCGAAGGAGAUAAAGCAUUUGGCAUCGAAUCUUUCUCAACACGUUUAGGUCAAAAGCGGGUAUUCUGGAUAUGUGUUUCCAUUUUGGAAUCGGCUUUUGGAGUUGCCUUUCUCGCUGGAUUAUCAUCUCCUUUCCUUUGGGUUAAAAUUGUCACGGGUGUUGGAAAUGCAGUUCUUGGUUCAAUUCUCUGGUACCGGGCCAAAUUUGUAAAUCUUAAUGACAGAGCUUCCAUUAGAUCCUACUAUAUGCUGAUUUGGAAGCUAUUAUCUACAAGUGUGGGAAAAGGAGGAAAUGGUUUCUGCACUUGUGGGAGUGAAGCAAUUGCUGCAAAAUCCGUGAGAGAGGUGAAGUUGAGAGCUUCUGGAAUUGCAAGGAGGCCAAGGUGCUGCAAGUCUUGUGAAGAUUGA